AUGAACAAGUUACAAUUAUAUGGAGCUUUCUUUGCAAUGGCGAGUGUCACAGCCUUGCUGCCACCGUUGAACUCCGGCAUUGAUCAUCUCGUACGAGCUGCUUCUGCAACAUGUGACGCAUUGCCUCUAGAGGUGCUAUUCAACUGGCCUUCCACACCAGACGUGGACGUGGUGGAAUACUAUCAUGACGGCAAAAGAACUUACAAGUUAAGCAAAGCUCAUAUAAACCUUCGAGACCGACUUCCUUAUGUGUUGGUUAUUUAUAUCCCGGGAUGGUGGAACACGCCCACGGAUGAAUCUGCGCAAACAUUAUCCAAAGCUUUGCUACUGAAAAAUUCUCUUAUACUUAUUUUAGAUACUCGUGAUACGUUCUGCCGCGGAUACGUGGCCUCCGCGUCUCGUGUCAGUGGUGUGUCCCAAAAAGUAUUCAAAUUUAUUAAGAAUUUGCAUGCGGAUGGUUAUCCAAUGUCCUCCGUACAUUUUGUUGGGUUUAGUCUAGGAGCUCAUGUCGCUGGGAUGGUGGGCAAGUUGGUACAAAGCAAAUUGAAUCGAAAAAUAGGAAAGAUAACAGCAUUAGAUCCUGCAAGACCUUGUUUUACCAAACUUUCGAAAUAUAGACUUGAUAAGCGAGAUGCAAAAUUUGUACAAGUUAUACACACAAGUGCAGGUGUCUUGGGACUGGAACAACCUUUAGGUCAUGCUGACGUGUAUGUAAAUGGUGUAUUGGCUCCUCAGCCAGAAUGUAGGGAGCGAACGAUAAGCUUAGAAUGUGAUCACGCUCAGUCUUGGAAGCUUUUUUCAGCUUCUGUGGCAAAUGAACGCUCGUUGAUGGGUCGUAGGUGUAAAAGUUGGAACGAACUAAGCAGCGGACGCUGUACUGGUAAUGAAACCAUGGUUGGUUAUGGUUGUAGUAGUAAUGUUAGAGGAAUGUUCCUAUAUAAGUCGCAACAUAGAUCGCAGUAUACGUCUCAGGAAUCUUUACGACAAGUUAAAGUGUUUAAUCCAUUCGAUUUUAGGACUUGGUGGUCUAGC